UUCGAAAAUGUUAUGAGUUAUGGUAGAUCGCUCAGGGUGCAGGAUUUGCGUCAACUGCAAAGAAAGCGUACUGGAAAGUAACUUCAUACUACAUGAGGCAUUCUGUUCUCGAAAUUUGACAACGUGUCCUGACUGUGGAGAAAAUGUGUUGAGGACUUUGUUAUCCAAGCACCAUUGCGAAAAACAUGAGCAAAACCAGUGCUCAAAGUGCGGGUCUCUUCUGAGAAAAUGUGAUGUUGCUGAACACGAAGUUGUAUGCCCCAGACGACUGGUUGGAUGCAUAUACUGCAAUCUGGAAGUCAGCAUGGACGAGUUAGACGAACACGAAUCGCGAUGUGGCAGCAGAACAGAAUUUUGUUCAGGAUGUGGCAGUUUUGUGAUGAUUAAAAGUCUUAAGACUCAUCACUGUAGGAAUUAUGCAGAUCGACAAAACUUUCCUCAGACUGAUUACAAAAGUGACUUCUUGAUGGCGUUUGAUCUACAGUGUGAAGAUUAUAUGCGAAACUUAUCACUAAUUGAUAGUACGUUUUGCCGAUCUAUCGUUUCAUCUCAGUUCAAAGACAGAUCUGUAACGCUGAUGAAUAGCAUCAAGAAUGAUCAGGAAUCAAAUUCACUGAUCCCAUGUGAAUUCUGUCAGUCUGCAUACCCAAUGAACCUGAUUUCAGAGCAUCAAGUUUUAUGCAUGGUUGGGGAUAAUUCAUCAACAGAGCUAAAUCAAAUAUCUAACGAUACAAGUGGUGAAUUAACAAAAUCAAACAAUGACUCAACCUCGGCAAAAUCAUCACCGAAACGUAGUCUGAUCAAAUCAGUUGUCAAAAGGUUACCUAUACCUCAAUCAUCAUCAUCAUCAUCAUUACUAUCAACAACUUCAUCUAAACGAAGUGCCAGUGUAAAACCUACUGAGAAUAUUCCGAAUCCAGAUCAACCAUCCUAUGAAUUACCACCAAUCAAGAAUGCUCCACUCUAUAAAAAGAGAUAUCAAAGCCGAAACCAGAUGAAACAAACUACUUCGCAUAGUAUAACUGCCCAAGGUGAAAGCAUAAACCGACCGGCGCUUACAAAUUCCACCUUAGAUUCAUGGAAGAAGAAGAAGAAUGGUGUUAGUUCAUUGUCUAAUAAAAGGAAUCCCCUGAAGAAGGCAACACCAAUUAAUCUUGUCUGUCAUAGUAAUUAUGCAGGAAAUGGCGAUGGCUUUCAGCGUGGAGAUGAUGAUGACGAUAAUGGUGAUAAUGAUGGCGUUCACUUGCGGUUGAAUACUUCUCAUACAUUGAAAAAGUUAUCGAAAUAA